UAAGAAUAUCUGGAAUUGAUAACUAUAAUUUUUGUUUUUAUAAUUGUUUGCUAAUGACUUGAUUGCUUUACUUGUGCAAAAGGGUUGUUGGUGUUUAGUUCAUUUUAAAAAGCUUGUGUCCCAAAUACAUAAUUAAACAUGGCGUUGGAAACUGAGAUGUUAUAUUUGUACCCAAAAGAAAACUCUAAACUGCAUAAAACAAAUCAGUAUGACUUGGUAACUGAUGAAGAACAACCAACUCCGGUGCUCAGAAGAGGACAGAAAUUUACUGUUGCUGUUAGAUUUUCUAAUAGACCAUUUGAUAGAACCAGAGAUAUUCUUCGAAUUCUUUUUAAUUUUGGUCCAAAUCCCCAUCCAAUUAAGGGAACGAGCGGAGUAGUGAAUAUUGAUCCAAGUAAAAGGCAUACAAUUGAUGAAGAACAAAAAUUAUGGUUUGGAAACGUACUGGAUGAUAAAAGAGAUACAUUAACUUUAGAGAUCUUUGCGCCUCCAAACAUUCCAGUUGGUCUUUGGGCUGUAAAAGUAGAGACAAGUUUAAUUAGUGCCAGGACACAAAUCAAUUCUUUUGAUUACGACGGUGAUCUCUAUUUCAUUUGCAAUCCAUGGAACUGCCAUGAUAUGACAUUCAUGCCACAAUCAAGACUCUUGGAGGAAUAUGUUUUAAACGAAACUGGUAAGAUUUGGGUCGGACCUUUAGGUACGACCAAAGGACGUGAAUGGAUUUUCGGACAAUUCGAUGCUUGUGUUUUACCAGCGGUUCAGCUUAUGUUUGACAAGUCUGGACUUGCUCAUGCUAGCCGUGGUGACCCAAUAAGAUUGUCUAGAAUGAUUUCAAAGAUGGUAAACAGCAACGAUGACGAUGGUAUUUUAGUUGGUAGAUGGGACGGCGACUACGAAGACGGUACUGCACCAUCUGCAUGGACUGGUUCAGUGCCCAUUUUGCAAGAAUACUUAGAUACACAAAAUUCCGUCAGCUAUGGUCAAUGUUGGGUAUUUUCAGGUGUCGCCACUACAAUUUGUCGUGCUCUCGGUAUUCCAUCAAGAGUAGUGUCUAACUUGGUUUCUGCCCAUGAUGCUAAUUCAACAUUAACUGUAGAUAAAUACUUCAAUGAAAAGAAUGAAGAAAUGCCUUUUGAUCCAAAUAAUCCCGAAGGAGAAGAUUCUAUUUGGAAUUACCAUGUUUGGAGCGAUGUAUACAUGGCUCGACCAGAUUUGCCUCCAGGUUACGGUGGUUGGCAAGCCAUCGACGCAACUCCACAAGAAACUUCAGAUGGUACCUACCAAUGUGGUCCUGCAUCUCUAGAAGCGAUAAAGAAAGGUCAAGUUGGUUUCAACUACGAUGUAGGUUUCAUGGUAGCCUCAGUAAAUGCAGACUUAAUGCGUUGGAAAAGGGAUCAUACCAAUGUUCUUGGAUACACAAGAAUUUAUUGCAACAAAUAUCACGUUGGUCGAAUGAUUUUGACCAAACAACCCUUCAUGUUUGAUUACAAUGGUGACAGAGAUCGUCAGGACAUAACCAUUGAAUAUAAAGCAACAGAAGGAAGUAGAGCCGAACGUCUGUCUUUGUUUAAUGCUGUAAGGGGAACUGAAGCAGCAAAAAGAUUCUAUGACAUGAGUAGUGAUGUUAUAGAAGAUGUCGAAUUUGAUCUACUAGAAUUGGAACAAAUCAAGAUAGGAGAGAGUUUCAGUGUAGUCGUCAAAAUAAAGAAUACAUGCGAAAAAACCCGUAAUAUCAAAUGCCAGCUUUCAGCUGCCACUGUAUAUUACAAUGGUGUAAAAGCUCACCCAAUAAGCAAAGAUGAAGGAGAAUUUAAUCUCAAACCAAAGUCAACCGAGGAAUUGAGAUUAACUGUAACAGCAGACGAAUAUUUAGAUAAACUUGUGGAAUAUUCGAUUAUGAAGAUAUACGCUAUCGCUACUGUAACUGACACCAACCAAACGUGGGCCGAUGAAGAUGAUUUUCAAGUUAUCAAACCAGAUAUUACCAUAAAGGUUCCCCGUAAUGUUAUCGCAAGAAGACCAACAGUAAUCAGCCUAAGAUUUGUGAAUCCGUUGAAGAAAACACUAACUAACUGCAAAUUCCAUGUUUCUGGUGCCUCUUUGCUUAGGAACCAAAUAAUAACCCAUCCCGAUGUUAAGCCUGGAUCAGUCAUAACAAUAGACACCAGCGUUAUUCCCAAAUACGAAGGAGAACAAAAAUUAGUAACUACAUUUUCAUCCAGAGAGCUGAUGGGUAUAACCGGAACGGCUAAAGUUGAUGUACAUUUACAUGAAGAAUAAAAUUUAUUGAAUAAUGAACUAAUCUAUAUAUACAUAUAAAAUCAUUUACGAAUAAUUUGUUUGAAAUUGUUAGACGUAAGUAUUUUUCAAUAAACAAAAUAUAGACUUAA